UAGCGCUGAGAAAAGAUUAAGCAAAUUAGCCGCGAUGGUGCAGCCCGAAAUAAACAGUUACCGUGGAAGCCACUCGUGCACAAGUCGGGAUGUAGAGCCUCAAAAAGAAGGAAAUAACAAGUUGGGAGUUUCAGCAUGACCACCUAGCCAAUCAUCAGAGAUGAACGAGUUGGACCUUCGCAGGUUCCCCCCUGACCAGUCGUCAGGGAGUCUGCGCACCAUCGGCACCCUCCGUCAUGCGAGCGUCACCAACCCAAUUCCAUCCAAGCGGGUGUGCUUCUACAAGAGCGGCGAUCCUCAGUUCAGCGGCCUCCGCAUGGUCGUCAACAACCGCACCUUCAAAACAUUUGAUGCCCUCCUGGACAGCCUGUCCAAGAAGGUGCCCCUGCCAUUCGGGGUGAGGAACAUCACCACCCCCCGUGGGGUUCAUGCCAUUAACACACUGGACGAGCUAGAGGAUGGAAAGUCCUACAUUUGCUCUGACAGCAGGAAGGUAAAACCCAUCAACCUGGCACUGGCUAGGAAGAAGCUGGCACCCUGGUACCACGCCAGGCCUGCGAGCUCCCGCCGCCGGACCUUGCAGCGGCCCAGGGCCUUCCCUGGGCGCCAGGAACCCGUGCUUGUGCACACGCCAAAGAGACUGGUGGUCUUUCGGAAUGGAGACCCUUCGGUCAAACACAAGGUGGUGAUCCAAAAGAGGAGUUCGACGACUUUUGAGUGGAUUCUGGAAUAUAUUUCGGAGAUGAUGCAGUUCCACGUGGUGAAGCUACACACGGCUGACGGCAGACGCGUGGAAGGGCUCCCUAGCUUGAUCUUGUGCUCUGGCGUGGUGGUGGCAGCGGGCAAAGAGACAUUCAGGCCGGCAAACUACAACACCCAGAAGUCACCAGGGUCCAGGAGGCCGUCCGACAAUCAGAUGAGCGUCGGGAGACUGAAGGCUCUGAACCGCAAAAAGAAGUCACAAUCGUACGGGUCCAAAUCAAGAAAAUUCUCCACGUCAUCAGAGCGCUACAUUGUGAACAAGAUUCAAAACUCCCUCAUGGAAAGCUCGUGCGACCUGCCAAGCCACCCCUCCAACUCUUUGGAGUAUGAGUCUGGAGUCGUCGCCGAAACAGAGGGCGGAGAGCAGGACUGCAUGCUGCCUGACGAGGAUGACAUUGAAAAGUCCUUCCGGGUGAACCAGGAUGGCAGCAUGACAGUGGAGAUGAGGGUGCGCUUGACCGUCAAGGAGGAGGAGACCCUCCAUUGGACGACCACCCUGACCCGCUCCAGCGUGGACAAUCAUCUUAACAACAUGGCCUGUUUGCCCGAGCCAGAGUCAGAGCAGGAUGUCUGUGCCACCACACCGGAUUCACAAGACCCCAUCUCCUUCAAUGACACCAUUAACAAGAAUGAAUCCAAAGACGACCACGACGAGGGGCCGCCAUCGCUGGGCAAUGGGGUUUUGAGUCAAAGCAGCAAUGAAGAGGAAGCUGUUAAAAUCCAAGCGACAUCUCCUAGGAGAGCACCAACCCCAGGACAUAAACAAAUCAGAAAUAAGCAAGCUUCAAGAGAGAGCAUUAGAUCCAUUGGAUCUUACUCUUACAGCGAAGAAACAGAAAACGGAGCCCUGACGGAGCAGUACUGCAUGGUCAAGCAGAGCAGCGCUAGACCGAUCCCCAAACCCAGAAGGCUCAGCUCUAUGGACAAUAACAGCAUGAGCAACACAAAUGGCUCAUCAUAUAAAUCGGCUGAAAUCAUGCAUAUGGAAUCCAGCGGGGAAGAGAUCACGGAAACCGUCUUGCAUAUCUAUGAACAGCAAACCUGCCAGGAUAAUUACAAUGCAAAUGUGGGUUCAUUUUAUAGGCCCGCUAAUUCAGAAAAGGGACAUCUACGCACAAAUGACGAAUUUGAACAUGAGCCCUGGGGACCCUCAACAGCCUCUGAGUCUGUUAGCAUCUGGAAGGAUGGGAACAAGCCAGUAACAGCAGACUUGCAUUCUCCUAAGCAUAGCAGAGUAAAGAUGAGGCAACGGGUAGCCAAGCCCACCAUAGGCAAAGAAAAUCAACCUCGACCCAAGUCCAGAAGGAUCCCCAAAGUAAGCAACAAAGGCAUUAGACGUCUUCUAUCGCCUGGUAAAAGGCAGAGAGAAAAUGUAUCAGUAAACGUGAAGAAACGCAAGAAAGUAACACCGUUCUCCAGUGCCGGGUUCAUCAGGAGGAUUUACGGAAAUAAAUUCAAACCAUCGAAAAGCCCGACUAAGCUCAAAAGGAGGAUGACCAAGAGCACGGUGGGGAGUGCUGUAGCAAAGAGCACAAAGCUACCAGAUAAAAUGCAACAAAACACACUUCAGAAUCCCAAUGUAAGUGAGGCACAGGGAGAGCUGACCCGGCAGACGUCGGUGAAUAGAGACAAGCAUCAUGAUGUUAGCGAGCAAAUGUCCCUGCCUGCUUUUGACUCCUCCAGCUCUGUUGCUAAUGAAUAUGUCCAGAACUGGCUGAAGAAAUCGCAUAUUAACCAACCUGCUGACUGCCAAAGAAAGACCGACAGGAUAGAAAAUCAGGGACUUAUCCCUGCCGCUGAUGGAGAGAAUAUCAGAGAAUUAACCACGCAAACAUCACCUGAGGAUGUGCGGGGGACUUCUGUCAGAUACAGAAUCCUGUCCUUGGAAAACAAGAUGGCUCCAUCAAACCAUCAGAUUAAUAGAGAAGGAAUAAACGCUCACCCUAAAACCAACAAAGAGACACCACCUGCCAGCGAAACCGAAAACCAAGCAAAACUACAGGAGCGUUUUCAUGUUCUUUCAACAGAUCUAGCUCUACCGACUCCGCCUGAAGAGAAAAUGCUGGAAAAAUCCAAUCCUGAAUAUCACGUGGCCUGCAACCCAAGGUGCGUGCAGCCAGCAGGGAGCAGUCAAACAUCAGAUAAUCACCCGCCAUCUGCCCAGGCUUUACCGCAUGCCCAGCAUGUCAUGAGAAUGACUCAACUGCUGGAGGCUGAGGUUCCAAAGGAGGAAGAAACAUUAUCAAGAUCUAUGUCGAUCAAAAGGGCACCUUUGGUCAGUAAUGUGUCUCUGGAAAGGAAAAUGUCCCUCAGAAAGUCUUGUAUGGACAAAUUUACCGUAUGUAACAAUGAAGAGAAAGAGCAAUCACUCUUAGAUCCAAAAGGUAGCUCUUCUAUGUCUCCAAAGAGUCUAAUCUCAGAAGAGCAGUUGUCCUCAGUCAGUAUGCCAUCAAGUGAGGUUCCAACAUCUCCAAAUAUCCCGUUGCCCAGCACAAAGGUGGUAUCAUCACCAAAAACCAUCGCCAGUCCAAAAUCACAAUCCAAAAAUUUGGCUUCUGAGCUUCCCAAAAGGUCCCAAUCGUUACAGCGCCAUCCUGCAGACAAGAAAAUGUCUCCAAAUGUAAGUCCCUUGCCAAAGAAAAGGCAGACGCUGUCCAAAUCCGAGCAAAGCAAACAGAACACACAUUCCCAAUCAAUGGACCUGGCAUCGCCUCCGGUCAGACGCAAGUCCAAAGGAAAGAUGCUCUCCAGGAAUUUUUCGUCAGAUUCAGAGUCUGCCGAUAUAAUAAGAAAAACCCCAUCCCAAAGAAAGCAGCUGAACAGUCUCCAGGCCAUAAAAGAGCCAGUAUGUACAGAUGAAACUGCUAAUCAGACUGAUGAGCUCCAAAAGCAAGAUCAAGAGAAAUCCAUGACUGACACAAAAGUACAAGCACAGCCGUCAAACAUCGUCAACCAGGCAAACAUGCAACCUGUCUUUGAAAACGUAUGCUACUCCAUCAAGUCCAUCCGGCAAAUCACUCAAGUCAAACGUCCAUCGUGCUUGGAAAAGUUCAACAGAGUGCCAGACUUCUCGUCCCACGUGGCCUCGACAUUUGGCUCCUCGUCCAAAGUCCUCCUGGCGUUCUUGUCCAUCGUGGCCUUGAAGGACAGCAUCGCCAUCCUCAACGUGGACCAGCUGAGGGCGAAUGACGUGAGCUGUGCUGAGGCUUUGAGAAUGAUCGACUCUCUGAGGGAAAUUGCUAGCAUGGAGGACGCCCGCCGUUUGGAAGACAAUGUGUCGGCUUUACAGGAGUCUGCCUCGAGGCAGCUCCUGGACAGUUGGAGGGGCUUCCAGGAGCUCGGGGACACACAUCAAGAGGAACAGGCCAUUGAUGAUAUAAUUGAAGGGCUUGACAUACCCAAUGCACUUAAAGAAGAACUCAUGUCUCUCUCAGCUGGGUCUGUCAGCGCGAGUCCCAAGAAGCUGAAGGCUGAUUCUGAGGGCUGCAGUUAUGGGAUGGAGGAACACAAUGAGUUGGCUCAUGAUGACGAAGCACAGCAGAAAAUGAACUCUUACCAUGUUUUGCAUUCUACUGAGGUACAAAGCUCAGAAGAGGAAUGUGAGGACAAACCACAAGGAGAAGACUGCUAUGUGGAACUCAAUCCCAGCCGGAAGGAAAGUCCAGAAAAACACCAACCAGAGACUGAAGGCAAAAUGCAGAGACUGGAUAAAGCUCAGCCGGAAGUUGAAGACAAGGGAUUGAACCGUAUUGCGGAGGAAAGUCAAUCUGGCCCUGACAAAGAGGAGAAUGAGGAAGAAAUUAGAAACGAGAUGCAGGACAUUUUAGGGGAUGAAAGACUCACUUGUGACUCCAAUCCAGAGAGAGGCAAUCCUCAAGAUCCAGCCAUUGAUGACAGCGGCAAUGACCAGAGCUGUUGUGACGACCACACAGAGUCGUCAGUGCUCGAAUACGAGCAAAUUCGAAGCUCCACUGAGGAAGAGUUGAGCUUCUAUGAGAAAGCGUCACGCUCAGAGGAGGAACACGGCUAUUUAACGGAAUGUCAAGCCGCCGUGACGGACAUGAAAUGUGACAAAGUCGCAGUUGCCAAAGAUCUGUCUGACGAAGAAACGUCACAGCCUGUCGCGGUGAGGGUGAGUCUUCUGGAAAAGCAGGUUGCUGAUGCCCAGAAGACAAGGUACAACAAACAUGUCAAAAACGUCUCGCUUGUAUCCGAAGACUCGAUGGAAACAUUUCAGCAGUGCAGCCUAUCUGCCCCACAGUCCUCGCUCUCCUUCAGCUAUGAUUGCAGCGGUGUGGUAACCGUGGAGCCUGAAGGCAACAGGGUCAAGUCUAUAAGGGAAAUGUUCCUGGCGAAGAGUUCCGCAGAUAAUGCAAAGCAGAGCCUGAAAACAGAGUCACCAUCUGAUAUGUCGGUGGGCGGCGGAUAUCAAUCCCGAAUGUCGAGCGAGCAGUCGAGUAGUGAAGAAGAUCCGGUGCGGAAGUCCAUAAGCAAAGGCUUCGUAAGGAGAACCAUCGAAAGGCUUUACGGGAAGAGCAAUGCCGUCGAGAGGCUUCCUUUGGCACCCGGAACUAAAAAGAAGCACUGCAACAUUUUCUCGCCCUUUCACACGGCCCGAUGCAAAGCGGCGUCAGAGUUGUCUUACUUUAACUCAACCAAUGCUCUGGACACCUUGACAGAGGCAACCCGCUGCAUCGCUUUCAAUGCACAAGUCGGACCUCGGGACAGCGUUCCCAUCGACGAGGGACGAUGGCUCAUCAGAGACAACGCGCUGAUCCGGAAAUCCAUUUCCGACCCGACUGGAAUCAACAAAAACCUGGUCAACUCCGCCCAAGAUGAAGACAACUGCGAGGACACGCAAGAGGACUCGCCUUACUCCCUUUUUAGUACCACAUCCGAGCCGGAAGACCAUAAAAAGUCCAAAAGGUGCACCUAUUUCUCUUUGCCCCACACCAGCGACUCAGAGGUGUGUCAGGACGAACCGAGCGUCCUGGAAGCAAAACUGGAGAGCGCCGCUCAAACGAGGCCCGAGAGAAACGGCUCUGCUGUCGGGAUGCCGGACAACAAAGUGCACCCAUUGGUGGAGCUCCCGGUGGAUGGUGAGGUGGUGGUGGUGGUGGCGCAACCCAAGAAAGGACACGGUGUGGUGAGCCAAAGCCUCCAGGAGCCUGACGUGUUAGAUCUGUUAUACAACUUUUGUGGCGAAAACUGUCCCAUCUUGUGAAGAGAUUACCCAUGAAUAUCAUCUUUGGUGCCUACAUUUUUUUAACGUUGCCAUAGCCUUGGCAUGAAAAAUGACUUCCUUAAAGUUUUAAGUUGGUGUAUUAAAGGUGUAAUGGUACAUGUAUUCAGAUUUUAUGGUUCGAUAUAAAAUUCCCACAAGGAACAUAUUAGGUAUGGGAUGGGAAGUGUAAUUAGCCACGUAAACGAACAUGUAGCUCAGCCUCUGACUUGUGGACAUCAUGGCUUAGCGACAUGCUUUUGGCACUACAAAUUUUCACUUGUUGUUUCCUAAAAAGAACUGCUGCUGUUGCACUUUCCUUAGAAGAAAAUAUUUAAUAAUUAUAAUUUUUUUGGCAUAUAUUGGAGAAUCUUUCAUUCAUGGGAGAAUUGACUGCUAGCAGUUCGAUUUUUAAAAAAUAUUUUAAAUGUGUUCCUGUUUACGCAAGGGAAGCAUUUAGUUCACUUACUGUACAAAAUGUGAACAGAACUUUCACCUUAAAACCAAGGUACACACCCAACAAGGAUUUUUUUUACUUAGCGUUACACCCCUAUUGUCAAUAUUCAGAGCUAUCAGUGCAACUCGUGUAAAUAUAGGUGUUUUGUUUUGUUUCUGUUUACGGUUUUUGCCUGUCGAGAGGAAAGAAGCUCUGGGAAGAUCCAGCGUAAUCUGGUUUUAAAGCACUUAGGAGAGAUCAAGUCCCAGCAGAUGUCAGAUGUCAGGCGAGGAGGUGCAGCUAUGAUUUGACCCAUGGUUCGGGUCACACUAUACAGUAUGUUUUCGUACGUCAUACUUUGUAAAGCAGAGUACAUACAUCGAUUUUUCACAUCUUAACCAAUUUAAAAAAUGUGAGAAUCACCAAGUGUGUACUUACUGCUUUUAUCUUGUGCGUUGUACUCCAGAUAACCAAGGCAGCAAACCACACACAGAACCAUGUCCCGCGUCGCUCCUAAUUGGCCCAACUAGGUGUUGACCACACAUAUAAGGAUUGCCAUUGUAAAUAAUGAACAGGUUUAACAUUUACGAUGAUCGGCUUUGAUCGUUUUCCGAGUUGAUCGGGGAGGAAACAUUUAUUUUAAUGCACCACACGAUAAUCAUCAGACACAUCCAACAAGUUGGCCUUUGAUCGCAAGGGAAGGAUAAUCCUCAAAUUUGGCCUGAUUAUCAGUGUGUGUGUGUAACCUGUGUUAUUGGUGUCAUUAGACCAUCAGAUUGUUUCUAGCUAAAGUUGUGUUCUCAAAAGAGCAGUUUCAAUAGUUGAAAAUGUGGCAGCUGUGACGACUUUGUGUCUUUAAACUCUUGUGGAGGAAUAAUAAAAAAAAAACAUUUCCAAA